CGCCCAUGCUGACACUCCGUUCUCGCCUUCGUCGACCGCUUGUUGCUCAUCAUAAUCUCUCUGUCCAACGAAAGGCAUCCACCUCGAGCAAAUCUUCGCCGAUCCGUUUGCGGACCGGACUCUAUGCGACCGUUUUUGCCCUCUCCUCGGGUCUAUCCGCCGUUUACUAUUUUGACUGUCGAUCGGCGUUGCACAGAUACAUAUUGACGCCACUUCUGAGAUAUGGACUUGAUGCGGAAACUGGGCACAAGCUUGCGGUAAAGGUGUUGGAGAGCGGAUUCGCUCCUAAGGAUCCCCUUCCAGACGAUAGCGUGCUGGAGACGGAGAUAUGGGGCGCACGUUGUUCAAAUCCGAUUGGGCUCGCUGCCGGAUUCGAUAAGGACGGUGAAGCCAUCGAGGGUCUCUUCAACCUUGGGUUCAGCUGGGUUGAGAUUGGAAGUGUGACUCCAAAGCCCCAGCCCGGAAAUCCUCGACCCCGCGUCUUCCGCCUGCCCGAAGACGAUUCUCUAAUCAAUCGAUACGGCUUCCCCUCCCAAGGCCACUCUGCGGUAGUCACGCGAUUGAGGGCUCGUUCCGUCGCCGAUGUCCCCGACAGCGAAUCCAUACCCGCGUCGGGGCGGCCCGGUUCCCUGCUCUGUGUCAAUCUCGGAAAAAACAAGGAGUCGGCGCUCGAAUCCAUCGACGACUUUGUGAGGGGCGUUCAAGUCUUCGGCCCGCAUGCGGAUGUGCUAGUCGUCAACGUGUCCAGUCCCAACACUCCUGGCUUACGCGAUCUCCAGAGGCGAAGCCAGCUGAAAGACCUCCUUUCGGGUGUCGUUCGAGCGCGCAACGAUCUGCACGCGACUUUUCAGCGUAAACCAAAGCUCAUGCUCAAGCUUUCUCCCGAUUUGGAGGCGGAGGACGUGAGGGAGAUCGCCGACAUCGUGCGUUCCAGUGGUGUGGAUGGUGUUAUUGUCAGUAACACCACGAUCAGCAGGCCGCGGGGCCUUACCCACCCCAACAAGACCGAAGCCGGCGGAUUGUCGGGACCACCCCUCAAACAUCUGUCUCUGGCCGUCCUACGCACCCUCCGCUCGAAUCUUCCCGAGUCCAUACCCAUCAUCGGCUGCGGCGGCAUCACUUCUGGGGCGGACGCGCUCGAAUUUGCACGAGCUGGCGCUAGCAUGGUGCAGAUCUACACGCACUUCGGAUAUGACGGUGUAGGAGCAUGCCGGAGGAUCAAGAACGAGCUUUCCGAAGAUUUGCGGAGGGAAGGCACCACCUGGAAAGAGGUCGUUCGCAAAGCUGUUUCGCAGGCGAGCUUGAAAGCGGACACAACCGAGACGAGGGAGCAAAGUAUGCAGCAACUGAUGGAAGAAGUCGAAAUUCUGCACAAAACUGCUGGGUAAUACGAAGGGCACGCUCUGAACUCUGGCUAUGCACCGGGUGAUGGCUUCGUUGGUGUAUGUGCUCAUUGCCUCUUCCGCGACGACACCUUUUGUAACGAGUGUGAGUAGAACUAAGUAGAUGUGACGGCUCUGCGUAACCCUGCACGUACUUCCCCGCCCCGACCCCGGACUACCUAGUAUCGUACAUAAUCAUCUUACUCUUACUCUCGCGGCCUUCGCUCGUCCCCUUCAGUCUGGACGAACGGCGAAGUACGCGACUCCCUCUUACGGGGGAGUUCUUGGGGCUUUCAAGGAAAGUGAGUUUCCUAGUGUUCUGUAACGGUAGUAUAGUAGUACCGUAUACGCUUUGUAAGCCGCCGCGAGGCGGCAUGAUGCAAU